GGAAAGGAAAACCACGAGUGUGGCCUGGCCAGCUGGAGAUUUGGCCAAGUCGGUCGGAAUCGAAUUUUCUAAUUUUUCGGUAGCGAAAAUAAUCAUCACUCGGUUUCCAUGCUGCAACACAAUCAAGAAGGUGGCCAGGUGCCUAUCCUGAUCGGCGUGGCCGUCGUAGCCGUGACUGUGGUCAUCGUCAACAUUCUGUGUCGUCGAAAGAAGACCCAGAAAAAGACCCUUCUAGACCCCAACACCAAGUAUCCUCUGAAACUGAUCGAGAAGGAGGACAUCAGCCAUGAUACCAAACGCUUCCGUCUUGCUCUACCUUCAGACGAACACAUUCUAGGACUGCCCAUUGGCCAACACAUUUACCUGUCUGCCUCAAUCAACGGAAGCUUCGUGCCUCGUCCUUACACACCCGUCAGCAGCGACGAAGACCAAGGUUUUGUUGACUUGGUUGUCAAAGUUUAUCACCGCAAUGUCAACCCUAAAUUCCCUGACGGCGGCAAGAUGAGUCAACACCUGAACGAGAUGAAAAUUGGAGACACCAUUGACGUCAAGGGUCCUUCUGGCCGAUUGGUGUAUGAAGGGCGAGGCAAGUUUGCCAUCAAACCCUCCCCUCGUGCUGAGCCUGUGGUCCACAAGGCUAAGAAACUGUCGAUGAUUGCUGGUGGCACUGGAAUCACUCCGAUGCUGCAGCUGAUUCGUCACAUCACUCGUGACCCCAAAGACGAAACUGAAAUGCGCCUGAUCUUUGCCAACCAGACCGAAGAUGACAUCCUCCUCCGAAACGAACUGGAGCAAGUUGCAAAGGAGCACCCGAACCAAUUCAAAUUGUGGUUCACCGUUGACCGUGCCUCCGACUCCUGGAAAUACAGCACCGGUUUUGUUUCUGCUGAGAUGAUCCAGGAGCACCUGUUCCCACCUUCGUCGGACAACCUUGUGCUGAUGUGCGGCCCCCCACCAAUGAUCAACUUUGCCUGCAUCCCGAACCUGGACAAACUGGGCUACGACCAGAACAACAGGUUUGCCUACUAAGCCAGUUUAUCUAACGCGGAAGUUGUGCCUUUUUGUUUACAAUUCAACGAUUGCAUUUUUAUUGAUGUUGGUGUUUAUUUUCGAGAUCAGUGUUUUCUUGUUGUGACUCACAACAAUGUUGACUAGUUUGAAAAUAACAUUCUGAAUUAUUUAUAAAAAAAAAAAAUGAUGUGGCCAAAUAAUUAAUGCCUGGUUGACACAAUAAAAGACGAUUGUUUCAUAAA